AUGCCAUCUCUCGCGAAUAUGGCCUCGUCGUCGGAUGAUCUUGCCGCUCGUUUCGAGCAUUUCUUCGAGCAGGAUGCUGAGAGAGCCAAGCUGAUCAAACUCCUACUCGAGAAAACGCACGAAUAUAAGACCCUCUUGGAGAAUGUUAAUAUUGAGUUGGAGCACGAACGAGAAUCUCGCACCCGCUACCAGUUAGAGCUCCGUUCACUGCGCGACCGGAAUAAAUCCUUGGACCAGGCACUUAAUCAAGAGCCCUAUGUGACCGUGCUGGUGGACGGUGAUGGCGCUAUUUUCCGGGACGAGCUGCUGCAAGACCCCCAGAAAGGCGCCCCGGAGGCAGCCGUACGACUGCGCCAGGCGGUGCGCGCCUAUCUGAAGGACACUCCCCUAGGCACCGAGCACAUCCCCAUUAUCGUACGCAUCUUUGUUAAUCUUAAUGGUCUGGCGAGGUCGCUGUAUGCGGCCGGCGUCGUCGACACCGAGAGCCACAUGCGCACCUUCGCCGAACUCUUUACUAAUAGCCGCGCUGAGUUUGAUUUUGUGAACGUCGGUCAUGGCAAGGAGAAUGCCGAUUCUAAGAUGAGAAAGAUGCUCAGCCACUACUACCAUAAUAUUCAGUGCAAGAAAAUCUUCUUCGCUGGCUGCCACGACAACGGCUAUCUCCACGAGCUGCGCCAGCACGAGGGGGAUGCCGAUGCUAAAGAACGCAUUGUUCUGCUGGAGACCACUCCGGCCCAGCCGUCCUUUACCUCGCUAAACUUCGCCAUGACCCGCUUUGAUUCCGUCUUCCGCACGGAGCCCUUGACCAGCGACCCCAGGCAGCGUGCGGCGGCGGCCCCUCUAUCUCUCUCCCCGACGAAGCCCGCCGUUGAGGUCCAUCCCUGUAUUAGACCAGCCUCCACCCCGUCGCCCGCGCCCGCGGAGAGCAUCGCGAGUUCGGGCAACGGCGGCAUCUCCAUUAAGUACCCGACGGCGGCGGCGGCGACGAGCUACGCGACGGCGGGGGGCACCAAUGGCCACCAGAAUAUAUCUAUUACGUCGACUAAGCCUAGAGCGCCCCGCGUCAUCGACUAUAAUAUCCAUGGCCAACGGCUAGAUCCGCCCAACAGGCACCCGGGCCAGUCCCCGGACCAGGUCACCUACAAGGAGAAGUUCGAGAAGAUUAAACCCAAGGCGUUCUGCAACGCGUUGUACCUCACGGGGCGGUGCGAGCGACAGCAUAUAUGUCCGAUGGAACACGGGGUGAAGCUCACCCCGGGCGAGGUGGCCAUCCAUCGAUACAAGGCGCGCACCACCCUGUGUCCCAAUGGGCCGGAGUGCGAGAUCUACAGCUGCUACCUGAGUCACCACUGUCCCUUUGGGCAGUUCUGCCAGCGGGGAGCGGACUGCAAGUUUGGCGGGACCAUGUUUGGUGACCUCCAUUUCUCGAAGAGUGACAUGGAAGUCGAUAUCCGAUGGAUCGAAGGUAGCGACUUCCCGGUUCGGCCUAAUCCUUGA